CCUCAAUCCCGUAUAGAAACGAAUUGCGCGCUGAAACACACUUUUAUACAGAACUGAUAGAUAAAGUUAAAAAUUAUUAUGUACUAUUUAAAACACGAGCAUGAACUUUUAAUAACAGAUAUAAAACACGAGACAACAAUCAUUGAACAAUAUUGUUACCAAUUCAGGCUCAACAAUGUUGUUCAAUAUUGUUGAUAAGUGUGAACAUAGAACAAUAUGGGCAGCACAACCAUAGAGGCACAACAUUGUUCAAUCCUGUUAAACAGCGGGCUCAUAAUUUUUACGCGUGUAGUAUCCGUUACUUUCGAUACCUGUCGGUCCGCGGAAAACAUUUUUCAUUACUGUAUGUUGACCUAAAUAAAGCUGUAACUAUAAGUAAACCAAAAGCACAAAACAAAAUAAAUAUUUUCUUUAUAUGACUUGGCGCACCAUAUUUUGAAAAUUAAGAGUUAGUUUAGUGAUUUAUGAAUCUCUUAUUCAACCAAGAAGUGAAGUUAAACAGAUUGUCUAAAAAAGGGGUGCACAAGUAUCGACCGAUAUCACGUCAGUAAUCGAUACCAUUGUAAUCGAUACCGCUGUUUGUGGCAUCGCUGGUAUCGAAUACCGGUAUCGCCCAUCACUACAGGUAGCAUCGGGUUCUUGGAAAGUGUUUAUAUUUUACUAAGAAAUCGACUUCAACGAAUUCUUCACUGGCACUUAAUUGGGUCCUCUACAGUAUUUUGGAUAAAAGUGGUCUUGUAACGGUUUUCCUUCACCAUGGAAUUUCUUCAAACACGACUAAUGCUUUCUCAUUUGGGGAAUAUAAAAGCCAGCAAUUUGACCUGUGUCGCAGAAGAUUGCCAUGAGAUGAUGUCGAAAUACAAUUGUUCAUGUGUGAGGCCUCUUCCCAAUGUCACUUGUGAUGAAACCCCAGAUGAAACCUCAGUCUCAGAUCUCAGUAUCCCCAUUGUGUUGUGGUCAAUUUCUGCAUUCAUUUUGUUGCUAUUAAUCCUUGAAUUAUUUGCAAUUCGGUAAGUCUCAAUUUGUGUCAUGCUGAAGUAACGUUUACACGCUGUGAUCUGUCGGGCCGAUUUUAGUCACGAUUAAUCGUAGCGUGUAAAUAACCAUCCGAUUUUAUCGCGAGCUCUGGCAUCAGCAUAUCCCAACUCGCAAAAUCGUGAACAAAUUCUGUAGCAUUGCUACAGAUUUUUCACGACUUUUACGAUUUUUCAAGUUGCUAUGUAGCCUAUGUUUUCAAGUUGCUACGUAUACCAGUAUGACAGGUACUUCGGACACGCAUAAAUAACUUUACUGAGGCGUAGCUAAAAUAUUCUGGCAGCGAUUGUAAAAUGUCGGGCCAGUUUUUAAUCAAAAUAUCACCAAUGAGAUGCAAAUUGUUGAAAAUCUUUCGCAGAAAAGUGUGAAUUUCUCAAUUUUCUGCUAAAGCUGCGCCAAAACCUGCACCAAUGGGCAGUAGCAGAAAGUUGUCGCGAAAAAAUAUGCGGUUUUUGGGCAUUUCCGAAAUUUUCACCGAAUUUUCGAAUCCUUUCAAAUCAUAAUUUCAAAUAUAUUAAUAUAAUGCUCAAUUGCUCAGUUCACCAAAUUUUUGCCAAAUUGAUCUUUGGGAUUAUUCUGCGCCAAACCAAUAUUUGUGAUCAAUCUGCGACAAAAACGUGCGCGAAAAUUUGUUCUGCGCUUUUUAAAGAUCUUUCGGAAAUACGGCCUCGGCCGCCUCAAAUUCACCCCCGCCGCUUGUGCAAAGGCACAUUUGUUAUACUUAAAAGUUGCUCAUCCGUCGCAUAAACUCAAAAUUUAAUAACAGAACAGCAAAUAUUUUGGAUGAGAAAGGUCGGAUUGUUAUAAACAAACAUAAGAACUCACUUUUGAUAAUUCAGUUCCUGAAGUACAUUAGUACACCACAUCAGUUUACUCACAUCCGUGUGAGAGUGGAUGUGAGUGUUUAUUUUAUCAAAUUAGAUAAUUGCAUUGAUACACACUACCUGCAAAUAGCAUUUGCUAAUCAAGGCAGAUAGCGGAAAAAUGAUUUAGCUUACAAUUCACUCAUAGAUUCGAUUCAUUAAUAGUAAGAAAAGCAAUAAUAGAAACAUUAGAAUACAGACUACAAUUUAUAUACUUUCAACUGCAUGUAGCGGCUUACCAUUGUGCAUCCCAUGGAAAAUUCACAUUUCACUGACCAGAAACUAGCUGGUCUACCCUUGAUUCUAAAUGUCCUAACUGUCAAUUCCUAGGUUUAAAUUUUCAUUCCUGGACAAUUUUUUUGGAAAGCUGGUAUUUUCAAUGGGCAUUAUUAGCAGUGUGGUGACACAGUUCUGUACCAUGCAAUACCUACAAGACAACAGUGAUUUUAUUACCAUCUGGUACAACGUAGUCCUGGGUGCCGUUUCAUUUUUCUUUAUCACAUUUGGCUACCACUUUCUGUUUGUGAAAUCUCCAAAUAACAACAUUGGCUCGCACGACAGAGGGAUGGGACUUGUUGUUGUCUUCAUUACCAUACUGGUUGUUGGUCUUGAAAUUGUACUAAUCGUCAUGGUAUUCAAGCGUGAAAACCUCAGCCCCGGUGUUGCUAUAUAUCUACCUGUUUUUGCAUGCGAAAAGAUCGUUCAAGUUGUACUAUAUAUUGCCAUCCGUAGAUGCAAGCCUGAUCCCAGCUACAGAAGAGGAACAGUGUUCUAUUUUAACUUUUUAUCAUUUUUAAACUUUACCCUCUGGUUACACAGCAUUCCGUUUACAGAUAUACCCAUAUACGACGAAGUGUCACAUAAUUAUAUUCUACAAUAUGUCGACCAAACAUUUAAGGCGUUACUUAUCGAUUACAGACUGUUGUGUGCUUUCCUGUUUUUAGAGCAUGCAUUAGCAAUUGAUGACGACGGACAUGAACAUGUUAACAAUGAAGUCGACAGUGGAUUUCAAAUGCCAAAGAAACGUUACUUUUACACAGCUAUUGGUCUCAGCAUUGGGCUAUUCUUUUUGGUACUGGAAAUCAUAAAUGCUGCUCAAUUCUGGCACAAAAGUCUUCCAAACGUUGUUAAUCUUUUCCCAAUUCUAGUUGAUAUAGGUCUUGUUGUUUUGGGAUACUUGUUACUACGAAAUGUUAAUAUUUCUGUUUUACAUGAUAAAAAAGUCAGUCUUAUCUUGCUUAUGGUUACAUCAAUGGGUGUUGCAAGUAUUGUAUACUUGUUUUGCUUUGGUUUAUUGGCGUUUUCUUCAUUUAAAUAUGAUCACUCUGUUUCGUAUAUGAGAUGGUCGGCAUGUGUGUUUUUUGCAAGGGCAUUUAGCUUGCUGGUCUUGUUGGUUGUUUAUACAGGAAUCCCUGUAAGUACUUUUGAAUUGCGACAGAACUUUAAUACCAAAAACUAUCUUUUUGUCUCUGCUCUUUGUUGCGGGCUGUUUGCAAGAUUUAUUGGGAGUAUCCUUGAUGAAUUUAAAGGUACAAUGCAUGAAGUAGCAGUGGAACAUCUUGAUUCAAAGAACUUUCGGACUCUGCGAGAUUUGUUUGAAAUCGGGCCAUUAUUCCAGCUUGCGACCUCUUUGCAUUUGGCACUUCAUUUCCUGCUAAUGCUUUGGCGCCUUCGUGAGCGACCUAACAAACAAGCUCGUAUAGAUGGGCAUGGUGAACCUAUUAGAGGUGAUUAUGUUGAACCUAUUAGAGGUAAUUAUGGUACACUGUCAGUAAAUGGUGUUGCCAGGCAACCGGAUGUUGAUGUACAUUUUAGAUCGUCUGGUGUACAACAAUUUGAACAUGAUGAUGAUGAACGUACAAGAUUGUUACCGCCAUAUCAACGAUGUUAAUUCUGUGAACUGUGUUUAUGACUUAAGAUGUUGCAAACAUUGUUUUAAAUACAGCAUCACGAAGGCAAGAGACGUACUGGUUUCUGACUAUCUGUUGACUUUUGUGUCUGUUGAUUUACGUAUGUAUACAGUAUAUAAUAUACCGACGACGCUAUCUCUAAUCCAUAGUCUAAGAGCUGUUCAUACGAGGAGGGCCAGCCCGACAAGCCGGGAUGAAUCUUGUCACGAAAGUUUUCCUGACCAAAAACAGGUUUGAAUGAACUUUAUAUUGUUACUGAAAUCAAACCAAACAAAUUCAACUUUGAAAUGUCAUUCUGGAUGUUUAUCAAAAUACAAAUCAUCCUGGUUAUCCAGAGCAGCCCGGCUUCAUACCAACAGCCCCUAAAGCCGGUUUUCCAUUCCGCUCCGCGCGCAAAAUUCCGCUUAAUGGAAAACCGGAUAAUUAACGGGCUAGCUCGAAGUAUUCGGGGAGUGUAGCUAGCUAUCAUUUAAUUUAAACCUGGAGUAAAUGGUUAUCAACUCCAAAAAUAGUCUAAAAAUAAGACUAAAAUAGCUGUUGAGCCAAAUUCAAAAGCUACAAUCGGGGCAGGAUUUCCCUGAGUAAUUAUACAUCAGUUGGAGUUUGGUUUCAAUAUCCAUUCUCGUCCCCAGGCUACUAGUUUUGGUUCGCAACAGAUAUGCUUCUAUUCUUAAGCAAGGAACAUAUAGUAUGUCCAUGUAAUGCUUACAAGAGGAAAAAUGAACUGAACAUUUUUUAUAGUUAUAGAUAAAUAGUCUUUUGAGCAUAAUUAUUCAGCAUUAUUUGUAGUAUUUUUUAUUGUACUAGAUAAUAUAAAUCUUUUUAAUUAAUGACAAAUGUAUAAC